AUGCAGCCCAUCUUCAAUGCGAUCAUUCAGAAUGACAUUCCAGCUUUUCUUGAGUUGGUGGAAGAGAGAGAAUCGUGGCUGGAGGAGAGAAACGUGGAACAAGACAACAGCACGGUGUUGCACAUGGCUGCGAAGCAUGGGCAUGGAGAACUCGUCUCCAAGAUUAUUGAGCUCAAACCUUCCCUCAUCUUUUCCCGCAACGCACACGGAAACACACCGUUGCAUCUCGCUGCACUCCUUGGAGACGUAAACACAGUUAGGACGUUGUUAGAGUUUGGAUGCGAAACGUGUUCCGCACGAAACAACAACUACCAAACACCUCUCCAUUUAGUUUGCCGCAGCAUUUCCUCGGAGGCUGGCAGAUUAUUUGCGGAAAAGACACCCUUCGUCAGUCUCGAUGAACUCAAAUUUGCCAUAUCAAGUGGAUCCACUUGUGUUACGAGGAUAGUACUGGAGAGAUUCCCAGAUCUAGCUAGGCAAUUAGCCUGGUUGGUGGAAGACUCGCUAACGACGCUAUUACAUUAUGCGUGUGAUAAAGGAGACCUUGAACUGAUAAGUAUAUUGCUAGGGCUCGAUCAAGGAUUAGAAAAAGCUCUUAACACCCACGGUUUAUCGCCUCUGCAUCUGGCGGUCCUGAGAGGCCACGUUGUAGUCCUGGAAGAGUUCCUGGAAAAGGCUCCAUUGUCCUUCAGCUCUCUCACGCCAUCGAAGGAGUCAGUCUUUCAUCUCGCUGCACGAAACAAAAACGUAGAUGCCUUCACUUUCAUGGCAGAGAGUCUGGGCAUUAACAGCCAAAAACUUCUGCAGCAAGUAGAUGUUAAUGGCAAUACUGUCUUACAUAUCGCUGCUUCCAUGUCUUGUGGUGCUCAGUUGGUACGAUACAUUGUUGGUAAGAAGAUAAUACAUAUCAACUAUAGGAACAAGAUGGGUCUUGCAGCUUUCCACCUUCUCCAACAAGAAGCCGAAGACUUUGAGUUAUUAUCAACUUUGCUGAGUUCAGAUACCAAGUUGGAUUCUGAUCUUAGCAGUGAAGAACAAGAUGGGCGCUCUAAUCCAUACAAUAAACGAUCUCAAGAAGGCGUUAAAUCUUUAGAUAUCUCCGGAAGCUCAAAAGAGAACGACGUAAUAGGGUUGCUUAGGUUAAUAGAAAUGAACAUAUCAAAGAUAGCACAUAUAAAACGAAGCAAGAAGGGGGCAGUUGAAAGAGGUCGUAGAAGCUUGGAACGAGAGAUGCAUAUAGAAGCCUUACAAAAUGCAAGAAAUACGAUUGCGAUAGUGGCAGUCCUGAUUGCAUCAGUUUCUUAUGCGGGUGGGAUUAACCCUCCGGGCGGCGUCUACAAUGAUGGGCCAUGGAGAGGCAAAUCGAUCGUAGGCAAUACGACACCGUUUAAAGUCUUUGCAAUAUGCAACAAUAUCGCACUCUUCACCUCAUUGUGCAUUGUUAUUCUUCUUGUUAGCAUUAUACCUUACAAGAGGAAACCCUUGAAGAGAUUACUAGUAGUCACGCACAGGAUGAUGUGGGUUUCUGUAGGGUUUAUGGCAACGGCUUAUGUAGCGGCGUCUUGGGUGACCAUACCGCUUUUGAGUGGAACAAGAUGGUUAUUUCCGGCCAUUGUCUCCGUUGCUGGUGGAUCUUUGAUGGUACUCUUUUCCUAUAUAUCUUGGAGUUGA